UCCUUGCAUGUCGCUCUCAGGAAAAAGCUCCUUUUUGUGGAAAGGAACUUUCUCAUCCCAGUCUAGAGUCGCUGUCUUCAUGCUGCCGGCAGCCCUGUGCAUGUGAGAGUUCCUGCUUGCGAGAAGAAGACACACACUUUUUCGUCGGAUUCUUUCAUUUUUUCUGUCCUUUCAAGAUGUGAUGCAAAGUCCUACUUUCGCGACUUCUCUCUCUUGCUCUUUUCCAUCGUCAACAAUGGAGGCGGCUAACUUUCUUUUUUUUCGCUUCCGCGCCUUCGAGCGACAAGGCGAAAAACUCAGCUUCCCCAGCCUCAAGGCAAAGUGACCUCAGGUCUCUCUCGUCUAUACUUUGUUCUCUCUUCGCUUCUCUUCCUUGCUCCUUUCUCUUCCCUCUCCUAUUCCUUCUCCCCUUUUUCCAUCCCCUCGUUCUGUUCUUCUCUCUUCCUCCGUCUUUUGUGCCUUCCUUCCCUGCUCCUGCCUUCCUCUGGCGCCCAAACUCCUCCCCCAUGACGACGGCCAGCGGCUUUGUGCCUGCCCUUGUGGGCGUUCUGGAAGGUCUCGCGGCGGCGCUUCAACACCAGCACCGAAGCCGAGCGGCCUUUCCUUCUCACGCUUCUGCGUCUCUCCUCGAGGUCUCCGCGAUGCUGCGGCAUCUGCAUGCGUUCCUUCUGACCAACAUGUUCACUCCUGCGCUCAUCGCCGACCCAGUGCACAAUCGGAGCGCCUCUUACCUCCGGUCCUUGAUCCACCGCGUACAACUGGAUCUCUAUGCUCUCUUCGUCAGCAGCGCGGAAUUUGCAGACUUGCCGACUCGCCUUCUUGCAGCGAUGCUCCUCAAGUCGCUCGCGUCGAUUUCUCCGUCUUCGCCGCCUUCACCCUUCGCGGGCGCUCUGACCGACGCGACGCCGGGGACGCGCGGCGCGCCUGCGUCCUUGGUUCUCUCAGCGCUGGGGCCUUCGCCGGUUGCCGCGGCUCCCCGGAAGGCCUCAGAGGCUUCCCCUCCCGCGCUUCGCUUUGUUUCCUUUGACGUCUCCCUCGGGGGCGAGCGCGAGCCUCCGCACACCCUCGACGCGCGCCUCUGCAGCCUGCGGGCCGCCACCGCCGACGGAUCGGCUGGAGCCUUGGGCGCCACGGACGCGGUUCCGGCGCCGAGGCCUGGGGGCGCGGGGGGCGCGGCGGCCGCGUUUGGGCAUCUCCCUGGUUUUUUCUUCUCGAAUUUCGGCGGGAAUAUGGCCCUGUACAGUCCGCAUCACCUGGGUGUGUUUCUCGGUCUCCUUGCCGAGUUGACGCCUCCAGAUCUGCUCGCUGCCAACGUGGAGAACUUCGUCGCCUGGAUCACCUGGCCACCGCCACACACGCAUGCAACGGGAAACCAUGUUGGAGUCGCAGGGCGCCAGGGCGUCGCCUCAGGUGGGCGGCCGGGCGGACCGGAGGAAGCAGGGGAUGCAAACGCGUUCGCGUCGGCACGAGCGCCACCGAGAGGCACUCUGAGUCGCCGCGGAGAGAGAUUUGCAGAGGGGAGGCGAGAAAAAGGCGACGAGAACGAACCGGCGGAGUUGUCGGGGCGAGGCUCAGGAGGCGUAGAGGCGGCAAGCCACCGUGAGGGAGUGUGUGGAGUCUCCCAGUCUCCCCAGACUUCAUCGUUUGCGUCGCAGGCUGCCCUGCAGUCGAAGGCCUCUCGGCCGUCCAUCUUAACCUCUCUGUUCCCCUCCUCUGCUUCGUCUGUUUCGUCUUCUUCGGCGCGACAUCCAAGUCACCGUGUCGGUCCUGAAGGUGACGGCAUGCAGGCAACGCCACCGGGUGCGGAGAAGCCGCAGCGCAGCGCCAGUCGGCUGCUCCACUCGCCUGCGGUCGCGCGUCUCUUUGCGCAUGCAGAGACGCCCCGAGAGGCCUCGCGGGAGGAGAGCGGCGACGCUCCCCCUGCGCCGCUCUCGACAGGCUUCGUCUUCGCGCCGCCGGUCGGGCAUGGAGCUCGCGGUGGUGUCUCCGAACUGUCGCAGUUGCCCCUCGCCCUGAGACAGGCGGCCCUCGGGUGUCUGCUCUCCCUCUUGCAGCGGUGCUUCUGCGAGUCUGGAGACGCGUUCUCCGUCGUGGGAAGGCGGUCGCUCUUUGCCCGGAGCGCAUGUUUUGCCGCGUCCAGAGCUUCGAGCCUGGGGUGGGCGGCGGCCGAGGGCGGCGGCGAGGCUUGGCGGGUGGAGGCCGCCAGCUGCGUUGGAGGUGACAGAGUGCCUGUGGAGGACUUCUGGGUGCAGACGUUGUGCCGGGCAGUCCGACGCGUCGAGGCAUGGAGCGUGGAGCUUCUCGUGAGUCCCCAGAGCGAAGGCCCGGCCGAAGAGUCGCAGGGAAAGUGGACGCUGCUCCGCAGCUUCUGGCGGGGAGAGAAACGCGGAACAGCCAUCCUCGAAGCCGACGGAAAACCUUGUCGAGAGAUGUUCACCUGUCUGUGCGUCGCGGAGGACUUCACGGAUGAACAUCGUCUCAGCAUCCAGUUUUUCUCUGCGAUUUACGCGUGGAUGGUCACUGUCUAUCACAGACAAAUCGCGUUUGAGAGACAGAAGCAAAUUGGCGAAGAAGCGGUUUUCAAGCUCAUCCACUUCGGCUUCCUUCCGCGUUCGAGCCUUCAACCGUCAGGAGCUUCUUUCUCUUCUUCUUCGCUUGCCCACGAGUCGCGCUCGGCUUCUGCUCUCCUCAAGCGCCGCGUCUGGCAGUCGGCCCCAAACGAAGGAGAAGAAGAAGGAGAAGAAGAAGAAGAAGGAGAAGAAGAAGAUGGAGGAGAGGGAGGAGAAGAGGGAGGCGAGGAGGACGAAGCGGAGGGAGCCGCAGAGAAAGAGGAGGAAGAAGAAAAGAGAACCGACGCACAAGCAGAGGAGCGAGGAGGUCUUGAUGCGGAAGAGAAAGUAGAAGGGACUGCAGAGCAGAACGACGAGGAGUUUAGACAGGAGGCAAACGAAAAGCGGGAGGAAGCGGGAGUACAUGAUCUCGUUCAGCGACUUGUGCAGAUGACGAGGCGAUUCGACGUUGAGAGAAGCAUGCUUGCAAGUGUGACUACGCGUGGAGUGGAAGGCGAGGAAGAAAGGGAGGCCGGUGAUUCUUCGGAGGCAUCUGUCGGCUCUUCAUGUGGAGGCCGCGGGUCGGCGAGUUUGCCAGGAAGAGAAGCUUCGAACGCAGAAAGCGACUUCGCAUCAUCAGAUCCACCUGGCCUGCAUUCAGAUCUCUCCUCACGUCGCCCGUGCUCACGCGCGUCGUCGUCCUCGUCUCGGCAUUCAAUCUGUCCUCCUCACUCUGCUUCUCCCGCUUCCUCGCCAGAUCCACCUGCCCCGCAAACUUCUCCGCGCGUCGCCGCCUCGCCUUCUGCCCGACUGUCUGCGUCGUCUGCUGUGUGCGUGGGCGCUGCAGCGCCUGGCGGAGUGUCUCUUCUCCGGCGUUUGCUUCCUCUCGAUCGCCGCUUCCUCGCCGCCGUCGCCGCCCAUUGCAUCCGGCUGCUCUCUCAGCUGGAGCUGCAGCAGAGUCUCCGUCGCCUGCAGGUGUUGCGCAUGCGCGAAAAGAGUGAGAAGCCGUCUUUCGCGGCUUCCCUCCCUCCCUGGGCCUUGCUUUGGAAACGGACCGACAGUCGAAAGGACAUUCUCGCUCGCUUCGCUUCUUCUCUGGCCGCCACUUCGGCGCCCUCUUCUUCGGCGAACUUUGCUGCAUCGUCGUCUUUGUCUUCUUCUGUGUCUCCUUCGCUCCCCUCGUCUCCUCUCCCCUCCGCGUCUGCGCCUUCCGCGUUGUCUCGGAGCGACGAUGAGAGGACAGAAACGCCGUCUGCUUCUCUGUUUGCGAAGACAGCAGCAGCCGCCUUCGCGACCUCGCGGUACAGCCACCGACAGCAGGGCGCAGCGCUGUCUAGAGAAGGCGAUGGCGAGAAGAAACACAAAAAUCCGUUCGCAGACGGAGGAGUGCAGAUCGGCGGCGCAGAAGUCUGGCGACUUGGGCAACGAGCAGGCAUCUCCGAGGCUGUCUGGGAGCUGCAGAUGGCGGACGCUGUUGGCACCGAAGCCAUGAGGAUUCUCGACCUUGUCUGUCAAAGCGACUCGCAAUACGUUGCGACAGUCUUCCCCACCAUCAAGCGUGUGUGCGAGAGGACGCUCGCGGGCGUCGGAGGCCUGCAUCUCUUCACCUGCGUCUUCCAUUUUUACUUGCACCAUCAGCCAAACCAGCUGCUGUCUCUGGACACCUUCGUGCAGCAGUACGUGACUCACCUUGGGCUCCACUACCGCUCGGUCCUCCUCAGCAUGAAUGCCCUGACUUUCCUCAACAACAACAUGCAGGCUCUCGUCGUCAAAACAAGCAUCUUCACGAGAUACUUCCCCGUCAUCUUCAAGCUGGUCGCCUACCACCCCCGUGUCUCGGGAAGCCUGCUGCUGCCUCUCCUGCCCGCAAUCGUGGGUCCCGGGACGCUCAUGGAGGUGCUUCACUCUCUUCUGGAUCUUCCACUAACGGCAUCUUUUCUUGAGCGAUUUGACGCAGACGGGGCGUCUGCUGCGGCCUUCUUUGCGCCUUCAUUUUUCUCUUCGUCCGGCGAAGUCUGUGCAGGCGCGGCGGCUCUCAGUGUCUCUACAGCCGAUGGCGCAUGCCCCUUGCUGAGGGCGUUGAAAGCAUAUCUCCUGCGCAACGAGGCCGGAGGCCACAGCGUGAUCUGGGAAGCUGAGGACAACGCCGCAGUCCUCGCAAGCAUCGACAGUCUCUGGAGGCGGCUGCCAAUCACGUCGCGCCUCUCUGCGGUUUGUAAAGUCGUCCCCGCCGUCCUCCAAGUUUAUUUCCGUGUCGUUCUGGAAGACGCGCCGCCAUUCUACAUCGAGAAAGUCCUGCGCGUGCUGCUCGAGCGCUUCCUCAUGCUCUGUCCGGUCGCCUUCUACAUGGAUGCCUUGAAUCGACUCUUCUUGUCGAUGAUUCUAAAAAUCUUUCAGCGACACCCCACCUUUGUCAUAACCCUGCGAACGCAGAUUUUGCAUGCGGUGUACAGACACCUGACUGUGCGGGGUGCUCUGUUGAGUCGGCAUUUGUGCUGGGUGAUGGGCGAGUAUUCCUCGCCGCAUUUGCUGACGGAGUCCGGCGCGCGGUGGACGGAAGGCACUGCCUCAGAGGAAGGCGAGGAGUCGGCUCUUCCUCUUGCUUCCACUUCGCGUUCGCCAGGAUCGGCAUGUUCGCCCUCCUCGCUUCGCUCGGCCACUCAGACAGCGGCCGCAAUCUUCGCCGGAUUCUUUGACGCCCUGGAAAGUCUGGCCUACGAGGCAAUUGUCUCCGUCGGUCCCACCGCGAACACCCCUGCUUCGCUGCCUUCCUUGUACUCUUCUGGACGCUCUCCGUUGCGUGCAUUCCCCGCCCCACGCGGCUUCCGGGGGCGCGUGUCUCCGGACGAGGCUUGCGCAGCUGUUGGAGCCCAAUGCGCCGGUGUGGGGCUGUCUCCGGGCGCAGGAGACACCGCCCUGGCCGCAGGGGACGACGUUUGGGGAGGGGCGAGACCCUCUGGGGCAGCCGGCCCGGGAGAGCGGGCGAGAUCCGAAAUACGUCUCUUGAGGUCCAGCGACGAGGAAGAGACCGACAGCGAAGAUUUGUCUGACUUUUCUUCAAGUGACGAAAGUUCCAUUAGCGAAGAAGAGCAGGAAGGAGAGGACGACCGGAUCCCGUCUGAGGAGCGAGAAGACGAGGCCCACCGCGAGGAACUGAGACGCGUUUUCACGCCCUCCUUCAUCUGCGUCUUGAUCACUGCCAUGACCAAGUUCGCUCUCCGCUAUCCUCAGUUCAUGCCUCGCGUCGUCCUGUGUUUUUCCAAGCUGACUAGCUGCUUCUCAACUGCGGAGUACGCCAGUGUCCGUGCGCGGGUGGAGGCAUGUCUCCACAUGACUUCCAAUUCCUCUGCAUGCGCGUCAAUUCUCCAAGCCCGCGUGCCUGCUGUCUCUCUGCACGCUGGCCUUCUCGAUUCCACGGGCGCAGACCGACGCGCCGCUGCGCUCGACUUCAACGCGGUGCAAAUCCCGCAUCUGCAGUGUCUCAGUCACUACUGUCACACGCCGUACAACUUUGUGCCAGGGCCGCGACUGCAUUUAUUUGAGCUGCCGAGUUACUCCGUUCCACACCACGCUGGCGGAGCAGGCGUGCAAGCAUUUCUCGCACGGCGUUUGUUCACCGGCCCUUCGCACACUGCUCGUCAGAGCCUCCCAGGCAGCUUUCCGCAGUGGCGGGACCCGCGCUCCGGCAAAGACUGCUUUUCUAUGCCGUACCAGGGUAGCCACGACAGUUUGCCUAGUCCACGGGAGCAAAGCAGAGACGCCGCGAGUCUGAGCGACCAGGAGUCCAGUAUCGUGCUCACUGACACGGGGUCGCACGCUCGCAGGCGUGCGACUUGGAGGCUCCGUAACUCGCGUCCAGACGAGCAUGAGGGCGAAGAUCUCGGCGAAACGUCUGCGUGCUUUAACGAAGAUGCUGAUUCCUGGCCCGUCCCGGACAGCCGAACCCUCGAGGCAGAUGCCGCAAACGACGAGGACCUACCAGGCUGCCUCUUUUCACAGCCGCCUGUGACUCAGGUGCUGCUCAGACGGCAAAUACGGGAGCUCGGAUACGCCAUGAAUUGACAGAGUUUUUUCGAUUAGGUGGAGUUUCCCCGGUGAAUUUCUCUGUUCGCUUCCGAUGUUCUCGUCCAGACCGCACCGGUCGCAUUGUCUGCGUGGUUUUCUUCGGUGACCCUCAGUCCACUGUUGAACCAAAGGGUCCAUACUGGUUGGUAAUGAAGCACUAAACUGACACGGGA